UCGAAUCCUUCCUCGGCGGGCGAUUCGGGCGCCGGGGAACGCUGCGCAGGUGGGGACCGCUCGUCCGGAGGAAAUCGGGGAGAGGAAGAGGGCGGGGGAGUCGCCCCGAACUCCGGGAAGGGGCCCGCGAGCUGUCCAGGCACGCAGCUGGAUCCUCCAGAUCGUCCCCGAACGCCGGCAGGGAGCUGAGCUCGUGAUCCCGCCUGGACCCCGGCCAGAUCCCUCCUUUUGGGCUCGCUUGUCUUGACGUUGUGUUUUGAGCAGGGCAGAGCGGAGGGACGCCGCGGGAAGCAGAGGACGCGCCCGUUCUGCUACCGCCACGGGCCCACUGGCAGGCUGAGCUGGGGCAGACGGAUGCCGUGGCCAGCGCCCGCUCGCCUGAAGGCUGCCGGGAGGUAGAUGGGCGCCGGAGCCUCGUUGCCCUAACCGGCGGCCGUGCCAGUUCUCCGCGGGUUGGCUGGGACGAGCGGCCAGGAUGCCCAGGAACAGGGCCUUCUCCGAGCCCGAGUACUCGGCAGAGUACUCGGCGGACUACUCGGUCAGCCUGCCCUCCGACCCCGAGCACGGGGUGGGCCGGACCCACGAGGUGACGGUGAGGAGCUCGGGCUCCUGCCUGUGCCUGCCACGCUUCAUGCGCCUCACCUUCGCCCCCGAGUCCCUGGAGAACCUCUACCAGACCUACUUCCGCCGGCAGCGCCACGAGACCCUCCUGGUGCUGGUGGUCUUCGCGGCCCUCUUCGACUGCUACGUCAUCGUCAUGUGCGCCGUGGUCUACUCCCCGGACAAGCUGGCCCCCACGCUCGUGGCCUCGGUGGGCCUGGCUCUGCAGGUCUUGCUCUUCGUCCUCUGCAGGUACCGGCUCUUGCCGGACCGCGUCUCCCGCAAGUUCAUGCCCUACGUCCUCUGGCUCCUCAUCGUGGCCCAGAUCUUCUGCUACCUGGGCCUCAACUUCGCCCGCUUCCACGAGGCCAGCGACACGGUGGGCUGGCAGGCCUUCUUCGUCUUCUCCUUCUUCAUCACCUUGCCCCUCAGCCUCACGCCCAUCGUCCUCAUCAGCGCCGUGGCCUGCGGCAUCCACACCCUGGUGCUCGGGGUCACCAUCGCCCAGCAGCAGCAGGACUCCCUCGACGGAGGGGCCUUGCUCCGGCAGAUCCUGUCCAAUGUGGCCAUCUACCUGUGCACCAUCACCGUGGGCAUCAUGUCCUACUACAUGGCCGACCGCAAGCACCGCAAAGCCUUUCUGGAAGCACGGCAGUCCUUGGAGGUCAAGCUGAACCUGGAGGAGCAGAGCCAGCAGCAGGAACGGUUGAUGCUUUCCAUCCUGCCCAAGCACGUUGCGGACGAGAUGCUAAAGGACAUGAAGAAGGACGCGAGCCAGAAGGAGAUGCAGCAGUUCAACACCAUGUACAUGUACCGCCACGAGAACGUCAGCAUCCUGUUCGCUGACAUCGUCGGCUUCACCCAGCUGUCGUCGUCCUGCAGCGCCCAGGAGCUGGUGAAGCUGCUGAACGAGCUCUUUGCCCGCUUUGACAAGCUGGCCGCGAAAUACCACCAGCUGCGCAUCAAGAUCCUGGGAGACUGCUACUACUGCAUCUGCGGGCUGCCCGACUACCGGGAAGACCACGCCGUCUGCUCCAUCCUGAUGGGACUGGCCAUGGUGGAAGCCAUCUCCUACGUGCGAGAGAAGACCAAAACCAACGUGGACAUGCGUGUGGGGGUCCACACCGGCACGGUGCUGGGCGGGGUGCUGGGCCAGAAGCGCUGGCAGUACGACGUGUGGUCGACAGACGUAACGGUGGCAAAUAAGAUGGAGGCUGGCGGCAUCCCUGGGCGAGUGCACAUCUCCCAGAAUACCAUGGACUGCUUGAAGGGCGAGUUCGAAGUAGAGCCGGGAGACGGCGGGUCGAGGUGCGACUACCUGAAGGAGAAGGGGAUUGUCACGUACCUGGUCUUGGUGCCCAAGCAGCCCCUCAAGAACGGGAUCAAUGGCGUGGGCUCCCUCCUGUUCCAGAAGCUGUCCCUGACGUCGUCGCACGGGAACUCGCCGCUGCUGAUCAACACCAAGGAGUGCAACGGCAGCAUCAACACCACGUGCACCACACCUGACGAGGGCGAGGAGAUAGAUGCCCGCGGGAACGGCGCGGAGGAAGAGGGCGAGGUGGUGAACCCAUCCUUCCCCAACCCGCGGCGGCGCCUGCGGCUGCGCGACCUGGCCGAGAGGGUCAUCGACGCCUCGGAGAACGAGCAGGAGCUCAACAAGCUGCUCAACGAGGCUCUGCUGGAGAGGGAGUCCGUCCAGGCGUUGAAGGGGAAGAACACGUACCGCCUGUCCAUGCGUUUCAUCGACCCCGAGAUGGAGACGCGCUACUCCGUGGAGAAGGAGAAGCAGAGCGGGGCCGCCUUCAGCUGCUCCUGUGUCGUCCUCUUCUUCACUGCCCUGGUGGAGAUCCUCAUCGACCCCUGGCUGGUGGCCAAUUACGUGACAUUCGUUAUCGGGGAGAUCUUGCUGCUGAUCCUGACCAUCUGCUCUCUGGCUGCCAUCUUCCCCAGGGUGUUCCCCAAAAAGCUCGUGGCCUUUUCCACGUGGAUCGACAGGACCCGCUGGGCCCGGAACACGUGGGCCAUGUCCGCCAUCUUCAUCCUCACCAUGGCCGACAUCGUGGAUAUGCUCAGCUGCUUGCAGUACUACACUGGUCCCAGCAAUGUCACGGUGACGACCCUGCUGGCGGGCGGCUGCGUGGAGAACCCCAAGUACUACACCUACAUCGCCGUGCUGGCCCUCAUCGCCACCAUCAUGCUGGUGCAGGUCAGCCACAUGGUCAAGCUGACCCUGAUGGUCAUGAUCACCAGUGCUGUGGGCGUUGUCAACAUCUAUGCCUGGGCACAGAUCUUCGACGAGUACGACCAGCACCGCUUCAAGGACUACGUGUCCUCGCAGCUUCCCUCCAAGUACUCCAUGACAGUGAUGGUCUUCAUCAUGAUGCUCAGCUUCUACUAUUUCUCUCGCCAUGUGGAGAAGCUGGCCAGGACCCUGUUCCUGUGGAAGAUCGACGUGCACGACCAGAAGGAGCGGGUGUACGAGAUGCGGCGCUGGAACGAGGCGCUGGUCACCAACAUGCUGCCGGACCACGUGGCCAGGCACUUCUUGGGCUCCAAGAAGCGGGAUGAGGAGCUGUACAGCCAGUCCUACGACGAGAUCGGCGUCAUGUUCGCCUCCCUGCCCAACUUCGCUGACUUCUACACGGAGGAGAGCAUCAACAACGGCGGCAUCGAGUGCCUGCGCUUCCUCAACGAGAUCAUCUCUGACUUCGACGCGCUCCUGGAUGAGCCCCAGUUCCGAUGCAUCACCAAGAUCAAAACCAUCGGCAGCACCUACAUGGCGGCCUCCGGAGUGACCCCUGAUGCCAACAGCAAUGGCUACAACACCACCAAGAAGGAGAACCUGUCAGACAAGGAGCGCUGGCAGCACCUUGCCGACCUGGCGGACUUCGCCUUGGCCAUGAAAGUGACCCUGAUGAACAUCAACUACCAGUCUUUCAACAACUUCAUGCUCCGCAUAGGCAUGAACAAAGGGGCGGUGCUGGCAGGUGUGAUCGGCGCACGCAAGCCCCACUACGACAUCUGGGGCAACACGGUGAAUGUCGCCAGCAGGAUGGAGUCAACGGGCGUCAUGGGAAACAUACAGGUGGUGGAGGAGACCCACGUCAUCCUCAAGGAGUACGGCUUCCGCUUCGUGCGCCGCGGCACCAUCUUCGUCAAGGGCAAGGGGGAGCUGCUGACCUUCUUCCUCAAGGGCCGCGAGAAGCAGGGCUCCUUCAUCAAUGGCUCCUCCAUCACGCUGCCCCACCAGGUGGUCGACAGCUCCUGAGGGGGCCGGCCCCCGGGCACCCGCCCACCGACAAUGCCCAGUGCCUGCCUGACGCCAAAGGCGGCCGGUUCGGAGCGCCUUGCGCUCUGUGGGACCUGGCCGAGGGUAACCCCCUUCCACACCUACCGUUUAGAGUCCCAAGAUACCCAACCCCUUGCGUGACCCUUGUUUCCUGGAGGUUUUCUUGAAGAGGGGGGGGUCUGCUUGACUCGUGCUUCGCCUGUCGCGGAGCCCAGCGGAGACCAUGGGUGAGAAAGGGCUUGAUGGCAUCCUCCAGGACCCCCCUGCAUGCCCCUCGCUGCCGCGGGC